CUCUUCUUUCCUUUCAGUUCUGUCCUUCGCCUGUUCUGCCCAUUUUGGUUCACACUCAAGGCUCGUACUUGUAUUAGCUUCCGCACAGCCAACAUGCUACCUUUCAUCAAUGCGCCUUUUGAAUAUGUUGGGGGUGCUCUGGGAACGUCUCCAGAUGAGCUGAAAUUGGUCUUUACUUUCUACCUCUCGUACCCACUUGCUGCGGUGUUGAAGAGAAUCCCCGAUAAAGACAUGUGGAAGAAAAACCUCUUCACCAUAUGCGUCUCCCUCUUUUAUCUCGUUGGCUUAUUCGACCUGUGGGCUGGUCUUCGGACACUUCUGAUCAGCGCUGGUGGUACCUAUUUAAUCGCAUCCCAGAUCAACUCUCCUUACAUGCCAUGGAUCGGCUUUGUGUUUCAGAUGGGCCAUAUGUCUAUGAACCACAUUAUUCGUCAGAACGUUGGCGAUGCCACGCUUGUUGAUAUCACGGGAGCCCAGAUGGUGCUGGUCAUGAAAUUGACAGCUUUUUGUUGGAAUGUUCAGGAUGGUCGGCUUCCCGAUUCAGAGCUCUCCGAUUUCCAGAAAGAGCACGCAAUCAGGACUCUCCCGAGCUUGAUUGACUACGUCGGUUACGUUCUUUUCUUCCCUGCCCUGAUGGGCGGCCCAGCGUUCGAUUACUGCGACUACAGCAGCUAUAUCACCUCAACCAUGUUCACUCUACCACCCGGAACGGACCCAUCCAAGGCACCUCCGACACGCAAGAAGCGCAAGAUUCCUAGAAGUGGCACACCUGCUGCCAUCAAAGCUCUCACCGGGAGCCUUUGGAUAUUCGGCUUCUUGAAAUUUUCCGCGUGGUACAACCCAGCCUUCCUCCUCAGUGACGAGUGGUCAAAGUACUGGUUUCUUCGACGAGUGUGGCAUGUGUACAUGUUUGGCGUGACGAGUCGUAUGAAGUACUAUGGCGUUUGGAGCCUUGCCGAAGGAUCCUGCAUUCUUUCAGGUAUAGGAUACAACGGAGUCGACCCUGCGACUGGCCGAGCAAAAUGGGAUCGCCUCACCAACAUUCGACCGAUGGAUAUUGAAACGGCACAGAAUACUCGAGCGUACCUCGGCAACUGGAACAUCAACACCAACCAGUGGUUGCGUAACUACAUGUAUCUACGUGUAACGCCAAAAGGCACGAAACCGGGCUUCAGGGCAACUCUGGCUACGUUUGUGACUAGCGCAUUUUGGCACGGCUUCUAUCCUGGCUAUUACAUGACGUUCGUCCUGGCUUCUUUCCUCCAGACUGCUGCCAAAAAUGGGCGCCGACUGGUCCGACCCCUUUUUAUGACCCCUGAUGGCAAAAACCCUCUUCCUUCCAAAAGAUAUUACGACAUCUUCACUUUCGUCAUUACGCAGACCAUGUUCUCCUUCACAACCGCCCCAUUCGUACUGCUCACUUUUAGCGACACCAUGCGCGUGUGGUCUGGUGUAUACUUCUACACCAUCAUCGCGACGGCGGGAUCUUUCGUGCUGUUCAGCCGCUCUUUCCCCUUUCGUAAGCAGCUCGUUAAGCGUCAAACAGCGCGUUCUCCUGCGGCAACUGCUGGCUAUGACAGCAUAGAAAAAGUCACAAAAGAAGAAGUGGCGAAGGACUUGCACAGACGCGAAUUGUUGAGGACGGAAAGUACCGAUAGCGUGGGAGCUCGUAGAGCACCAACUUUGGGAAUUGCGGACGACCCCGAGGCGGAGAUUGAUGAGAUUGUUGCAGAUGUGAAGAGGGAGUUUGAGGAGAGAAAGAGAAGAGGUAGCUUAGUACAGGGAUUCGACGUGAAGAAAGUGGUGCAGGACAAGUUGAAUGACUUUAACAAGUCGGUGAUGGGUAACUAA